ACGUGUAUCUACAACAGCCCCAAAAUCACUCCCCCCCAGACAAACGUGUACGAAAAAGCCAUCACCAUUUCGUCGAUUGCGAUUAAACGCAGGCCAACGCUGCCGCAAACGCCAGCGAGUGCCCCACAGGUGUUGUCACCCAAACGACAGUGUGCCGCAGCUGUAUCGGUUAUACCAGCCAACGCCGCCAAUCCAGCAGCAGCUCAACUAACACCCCAAAUACAAUACGCCACAGCACCCGCUAGCGCCACCGCCGCCCAUCAAGUCGCCUUGAAAGCCGGUCAUCAACAGUUUGCCUUUAAUACAGCUGCUGCUGCUCAAUUAGCUGCCACAGCAGCCAUUACAGCCCACUCACAUCCCCACCACCAGACACAAGUGGCUGCUGCAGCAGCUGCGGCCGCUGCUGCUGCUCAACAUCAACGUAAUAUAGCUGCUGUUGCUGCUCAACAUAUAAAUCCAGCAGCCGCUGCUGCUCUACUCAAUCACCAGUUUAGUCAGGGAGCCACACACCAGCAACACCACCAACAACAACAGGCCGCUGCAGCUGUAGCAGCUGCGGCAGCAAACGCUGCUCAUCAGCAACAUUUGGUAUUGCAACAGCAACAACACAUCUAUCAACAACACCAACAGCAUCAACAGUAUCAACAACAGCAACAACAAAUUAGACACUUGCAACAUCAACAACAGCAUCAUCACAAACAACAACAGUUAUUAGCGGUGACAACACCUACUGCCACAAGCAACCAACAAAGUUCCACUACACCCUCAUCGACUACAUCUCCUAACGCCUCUUUGGUCUCCUCCACCUCGUCAGUUAACAACACCAACAACAACAACAACAACUCAGUAACCAUUAAUAAUUCUCUACAUUCCAACGACUCAAAUACAUCGUCGUCCUCAUCAAAGACCGCAACACCCACACCAACAGCUACAUCGGUGGCAACAACUUCUGCCACAACUAACGACUCUCUAACCACAGUCAAUAGUAACGGUUGCAACCAGAACAACAACAGCAACUCAUCGAACAACUCGACAACAACCACAGCGACUACAACGUCAACAAUGGAAAAUCAAAUGUCUUUGGCGCCAUUGGGAUUAUCGCAAAGCAUGGAUUCGGUUAAUACAGCUAGUAAUGAAGAAGAGGUAUGUUUACAGUAAUUGUUUUUUCAAAAUUUUAAUAUAAAGUCUAGACAAGUAAGUAGCAAAGUAAAUAAAUCAAUUAAGAAAUUUAUUAUGAAAAUGAACAUGAAACUAGGUUAAAGUUACAAUAUUUAUGCGGUGAAUAAAUGCAGCAAAAAUAUUCGUUAUUGUUCUAUUUAAAAAAAAUGAUUAAUAAUUAUUAUAGCAUGUUAUAGAAUUACUUUAUUUUCAAAUAACAAUAGACAUCCGACAAUUUAAUAUUUAUAGAAAAUAAUAAUGAAAUAAAAAACACGCACUUUUAAUAAAAGUUAUUGUUUUAAAAUGGCAUAGGUUAAAAAGUUUAGUAAAUUAAGUUGAAAGUAGUCAGGGUCAUUUAUCUGAAAUUCGUGUUACAGGAAUAAUGGUGAAGAAAAUGUGGAUUUAUAAAAAUUUCUAUCAAUUAGGGAACAGGUAUUUGGAAGGAUUAAACACAUCUAUCGCAUUUGAGCACUUUUUUGAAGAGUUACUACGUAGUUCAAGUUUUAGAUAACUUAACUUUAAGCUAAUCUAGUUAAUUAUUUACAUUAAUUUUUUUUAAUUCCCACUGAAACCUAAAAAUUUCCUAAUAAAAAAAAAAACUUCACUCACCCAUUCAACAUUAAAUGCGCGUCAUUUUAAAUCGAUUUUUCGUGUUACUUUAAUGAAUGAAAUUUAACUACUUUACUGUCGUGUCGUCAUAUACUUUAAUUUGAAUUUUAGCCAAACAAUUAUUAUACACAGGGUGUGUUUAGCACUAAACAACAAAAAACAAAAAAAAAAAAAAAAAAAC